UUCCCCGUGUGUAUAUCAGUGCAAUUUAGAGGACUUCAUCGUCUCCCUGUGUGUGUGUGUGUGUGUGUGUGUGUGUGUGUGUGUGUGUGUGUGUAAAGAGGACUAACGUGUGUGUAACAAACCCUACCGUCUCUGUGCGCUCAGUCAUUAUCAGUGUUUUACACCAUGUCAUCGCCGGAGUACUCAUCUUUCUUCGCCGUGAUGGGCGCCUCAGCAGCCAUGGUGUUCAGUGCCCUGGGUGCAGCAUAUGGCACAGCAAAAAGUGGCACUGGGAUUGCAGCAAUGUCUGUGAUGCGUCCUGAGCUGAUCAUGAAGUCCAUCAUCCCCGUGGUCAUGGCAGGAAUCAUCGCCAUCUACGGCCUGGUGGUGGCUGUGCUCAUCGCCAACAACAUCUCUGAAAAUGUGCCACUCUUCAGGAGUUUCCUGUACCUGGGGGCGGGGCUGAGUGUAGGCCUGAGUGGAUUGGCUGCUGGUUUUGCUAUCGGAAUCGUGGGUGAUGCGGGGGUGCGGGGGACGGCGCAGCAACCGCGCCUCUUUGUGGGCAUGAUCCUCAUCCUCAUCUUUGCUGAGGUGCUGGGGCUGUACGGCCUCAUCGUCGCCCUCAUCCUCUCCACCAAGUAGAUCUCCCAGGAGGCAAUGUGGCAGAUUGAGGAGAGAGAUGGGAGAAAACCUGCUUCAUCUCCAUGUAGAUGUAAUGGGCUGUGUCUCAGUUUACACCACUAUCUCUCUGUCUGUCUCUCUCUCUCUGUCUCUCUCUCUCUCACUCUCUCUCUCUCACUCUGUCUCUCUUUUUCUCACUCUUUCUCUCUCACUUACUCUGUCUGUGCUACUUUGGGAAUUAUUUAGAUUUCUCACACUUCUGUUUAUAAGGACUGUGUGUGUGCGUGCGUGCGUGUGUGAGUGUGUGUGUGCUCACUCAUGUGUGCGUGUGUGAGUGCUCAUGUUUGUGUGUGUGUGCUCGCGUGUGUGUGUGCCCGCGUGUGUGUGUGUAACAGUGUUUAUUUUUAUCCAGUUGUGUUAUUUAUAUAUAUAUAUAUACACACAGUGAAAGUGAUAUAAAUGUUACACUUAUAAAGAUUGUGAUUAUAAAGUGUACAGGUGGUGACACCUGGUGUGUGUUCUGUAUGUGAUGAGGAAUUGUAUUAAAGACUUGUUUGUGUGCCUUUCUCAGGCUCUCACAAGUUACAUUUACACCUUUA